AUAUGAUUUAAAUAGAAGGCAACAACACAGACCAUUCAGUUUGAUCGUGCACACAUACAGAGCGUGUAUUCGAAGAAAAAACAGUCGAAGUGACGUUCGUGCUGUGAGAGAAAAAUCAGGAGGCAGUUUGAUAUUGGUUUUUCGAUAGAGACUAACGGCAAAGCUAUACUAUGUGAUUUCACUAGGCUAGGGAACCGGCGAUGUCGAUACUCUCCCCAACGUCUCCGUCGAUGUACACCCCUUCGCGGGGGCGUAAGAUGCGUGCGGGGACCGCGUGCAUGUGCGCGCGCAUCUCCUACACUCUAGCCGUCCAUUGAUCACCCACGUCGAGGGGGUCAGAGUGUGAAGUGCCGGGGGUAGCGAAAACCGCUCGCAAGUGACUGUUUGUGUGAAUAGUGGAAAUGACAUGAGAUGUCCCGAGACGCGUACGUGGGGGGUACGAGGUCGCCGCGCGGCGUGAGGCUGCCUACCGACCGCUCCCCCAGCCGGGGGGGCUAUCCCGGGGGGGGUAAGCCCCUCAGGCCCUCCAGAUCGGGCAACAACUCGCCAGAUCACGCUUACGGUUAUCACCACCAAUCGCCGUAUUACAGAGACGAAGAUCUGGGCAGCCCCAUGCUGGAGGAGCGGGGAAGGCCCAUGGCCGUGGGGCCGGGGCACCACAGGAGCAGGAGCGCUACGAGGCCUGCUAACCCCAUGACCGUUCGAUACCAGUCUCUGGACAGGGGACCGACGGUUGACCACGACAGGGAGUUUUUGCCGAUUAGAGAUAGGAGGGAUAGAUCGCUAGAUCGCGGCCUCUACUUUGACGACGAGCCCUACAGCAGUCGUUCCACCAGACAAUCCCCCACCAUGCAUCAACCCUUCAUCGGAGACCUUCAGCAUCAGAAUUCAGACCUGCAGAGGGAGUUGAAUAAUCUGAAGAAAGAGCUCGAACUCACCAAUCAAAAACUGGGCUCUUCCAUGCAUUCCAUCAAGACCUUCUGGAGUCCGGAACUGAAGAAAGAGAGGGCUCUCAGGAAGGAGGAGUCGGCCAAGUACAGCUUGAUAAACGAUCAGCUGAAGCUGCUCAGUAGCGAGAAUCAGAAACAAGCGAUGUUGGUAAGGCAACUUGAAGAAGAGCUCAGAAUGAGAAUGCGUGGACCAAGUAUUGAAAUGCAGCAACAGAUGGAUGCACUCUACCAGGAGAAUGAACAUCUGACUAGAGAAAUAGCAAUACUGAGGGAUACUAUAAAGGAACUAGAACUCAGGAUAGAAACUCAGAAGCAGACCCUACAAACCAGGGACGAAAGUAUAAAAAAAUUGUUGGAAAUGCUGCAAAACAAAGGAAUGGGUAAGGAAGAGGAGAGGCAGAUGUUCCAACAGAUGCAGGCAAUGGCCCAAAAACAGGAGCUUGACGCGGCCAAUGAGACAUUGCGCACCCUCCAAUCACAGCUGGAAUUGGUACCCUCCCCCUCCAGCAGUACGGUCCGCGUGCUUCUUGACACAAAAGACGCUAGAAUAUCGACGUUGGAGCGGGAGGUCAAUCUGUUGGAAUGCGAGGUCAGGAGGUUGGGUGGGAACUUAGACCAACCCCCCACCCUCAGCCUCAGUCAAUCGGAAAUACCUCAAGCCGCGCCGUUCAAGCGACAACUCGACGAAUUUCGCGUGGAGAUACAGCGUAGGGACCAAGAGAUCCUGGCGAUGGGCGCCAAGAUGAAAACGCUGGAGGAACAGCACCAGGACUAUCAGCGACACAUUGCCGUGCUCAAAGAGUCCCUGUGUGCCAAGGAGGAACAUUACAACAUGCUCCAGGCCGACGUGGAGGAGAUGAGGCAGAGGCUGGAGGAAAAGAAUAGACAUAUCGAGAAGAAGACGCAGCAGAGUCAGCAGGAGCGUGCCAGGGCAGCUGCUGAGAUGGCGGAAAUGAGGGAGCACAUGGAUAUCAAGGACAGGAAGAUAAACGUUCUUCAGAGAAAGGUCGAAAACUUGGAAGAUCUUCUAAAAGAGAAAGACAACCAAGUAGAUAUGGCAAGAGCAAGGUUAUCAGCCAUGCAAGCACAUCACUGCUCUUCAGAAGGAGCACUUUCCUCCCUCGAAGAAGCCAUAGGCGAUAAAGAAAAACAAAUGAAUCAACUGAGGGAGCAGAGAGAUAGAGCCGAACAAGAAAAACAGGAGGAGAGGGAACUACACGAGAGAGAAAUCGCUGACUACAAGUUGAAGAUACACGCCCUAAACAGCGAAGUAGAAAAGCUGACUGCGAGGUUGGAUAGAGCUCAAAAUGACAGAGAUAGGCUAGAAGCCAAGUUGGAGAGUUCCCAAUCUGAACUUGGCAAGAGCAAAGCGGAAUUGGACAAAGCCACUAUUGAAGUUGGUAGAAGUGGACAAGAUUGGGAACAAGCGAGACAGAGACUGGCCAGGCUGGAGUUGGAGAAUGAGAGGUUGAAACAAGAGGUCGACAGAUUAACUCUAGAGAAGGAUAGGGACAGGCCUAGGAGUACAACAUUCGGAAGAACAACUUACGCGAGUAGUCACGAGCUGGAUAGAGUCCAAGAGCAGGCAGAUAAAACAUCAUCUGAUCUUAGAAGGUGUCAGGCUGAACUGAGAGUUACACAAGCGGAUAGCGAGAGAGCGAAAAACGAAGCCAAAGCGUUGCAAGAGAAAUUGGAAAAGUCCCAGGGGGAAUUAUAUCGCCUCAAGGCCCGUCUGGAGAAUUCGCACCAGGAGCAGGAUCAUCUUCGGGAAGAGCUGGAAAGAUUCCAGUCUACGACGGCAAGGUUACACGCCGACAAAGAUCGAGCAUUCGCAGAACUGGACAAGCUCAGGGAGGAACUGGAGCAUUCACAGGGGGCCUUGGGAAAGUCUCAAGCAACACAGGACAAGCUACAAGCCGCUCUGGACAAGGCGCAGACAGAAGUAGACAAACUACAAGAAAAACUAGACAAGUCCAUUGGGGAGACCAGGAGACUACAACUGGAGAAAGAAAAAGUAGCAUACGAUUUAGAGAAUACCCAGUCGCAAUUGGACAAGGCUCUAGGACAGUCUGCUCGUCUUCAGAAAGAAAAAGAAUCCGCUCAAAUAGAAGCAGAUCGACAUAGGGACAAACUUGACAAAGCACAGUCCCAAAUUGGACGUCUGCAGAAGGAAAGAGACUCCUUCUACGAUGAGUGCGAGAAGUUGAAGGAAAAAGUGGAACAACAAAUAACCCAGAUGGCCAAGAUUCAGAGGGAGAGGGCUGAUAUCGAAUCUGAAGUUGAUAUUCUGAAGGAGAGAUGGGAGAAGACACAUAUGAUUCAGCAGAAACUCCAGAUCGAGCGAGACGAUGCAAUAACCGAAAUAGACAUUCUGAAAGAAAAGUUGGACAAAUCGAUAUACGCCUGUCAGAUUGCCGAGAAAGAAAGGGAUUCUCUGCACAGGGAAUUCGAGAAAGUCCUGGAGAAAUAUGACAAGUCCCAAAACGACCUGUACAGGGUACAGUCCAAGGUUGACAACUUACAGCAAGAGAAGGACAGGCUAGAGAUUGAAAAUGAGAAGCAACUGAUACUCACAUCCAAACUGAGGGAAGAACAACGCAAUGUACAAGAUAAACUCGAUCAUCUCCAGGAGAUGUACGAUCGCACAGCCCUACAGCUGGGAAGAGCCAAGGAAUACGAAGAGAAGUCCAAAGAAGAAAUCGAAAGACUCAACAUUGAUAUCGAGAUGGUCAGAGAUCGAUACGAAAAAGCUCAGAUCGAAGCUAGAAGAAUUCAGAGUGAGAAAGAGAAAUUCCAGUCCGAGAACGAGAGGCUUCAGUAUGAACUGGACAGAGCACACACGCAAAGCGCCAAAUCUCAAGCUAGCUACGAGAAAUGUCAGGAAGAGAUCGCGAGGUUGCAGAUAGAAGCAGAAAAAGCGCACGAAAAGCAUGAUAAACUGCAGAAUGAGUUCAGGAAGGUGGUAGCCGAGUACGACGCCUUGAGGGAGACCACCACAGGAUCCACCAGUAGAUACUCAAGGUACGAAAGAGAAGAAAUGAGAACGAAAGAAGAAAACGAAAGACUUCGUGCGGAAGUAGAUCGACUGCGGGAAAGAUUGGACAAAACGUUAACAGACUUGGACAGAUCAAGAAAAGACCUUGCCCUCGCCGAAACCACCAAAGGUAAAUUCUCCUAUGAAGACGAGAAAGAAAUGCAGAGAUUACGAGAUGAACUGCAGAGAACGGUAAGCAAUAAUCAACACCUCGAAGACAAACUCCACGAGGUCACUCUACAGCUCGAGCUUGCAAGAUCGGAAGUGGCCAAAGUGGCAGGAGGACACGACAAGCAACGACACGAGCUGGAACGAGCCAUGAUAGAAUGCGAGAAACUAAGAGAUAGGCACGACAAAUUGAAAGCACAAUGUGAUAAACUAGAAAAAGAUAACGAAAAAUUAAGAACGGAUAUAGCACAAGCAGAAAGACGUCAGACAUUGGCCGCCGACAAGGUCAGAAACGACGAGAGACUGGAAAUAGAAAGAUUGAAGGAGAAACUCGAGAAAGCAAUUCAGGCCAGAGACGCGACAGAAAGGGAAGCUGGAAGGUUGGCUCAGGAGCUCGAAAAAUCGCAGAUGCACUUGGCGAAAGCACUCGAAACGAACGAUGCCACUAAGAUCGAAUUCGAACGGAUGGCCACUGAGCUCACGAGGAUGCAUGAAAGGAUAGAAAGAGACUCACUUGACUGGAAGACUCUAGAACAAGAAAGAGAUCUACUCCGAGCUGAAUUGCAGCAGAUAAGAACCGGGCUGGAAUCUCAGAGAAGAACGAUGGACCACCGAACUCAAGAAACGAUUGUUAAACUGCAACAAGAACUGGCACAAGUCAACAGGGAAAGAGAAAAAAUGGCUGCUAUGUUCGAUAAACAAGGACGGCAAGGUGAGAGUAUAGAGAAACAAAUAAUCAAAUACGAGGCAGAUAUCAAACAGUUAACAAUGGAGAGAGACCAAUUGGUGGUACAGUUAGAGAAGAGCCAAGACAUGCUGAUGAACUUCCAACAGGAACUGAAUCAGAGUGAAAGCGAACUAGAAAAACAAAAGGCGGAAGUGAACAGGCUCAAGAACGAGCAGAAGAAGAUGUCGCAAGACAUGGAAAGGGGGACCAAGGAUAUAUUAGAAAGCAGAAACGCCGAGAUACAGAAGAUACAACAACAACUACAAGCUGUACAAAAAGAACGAGAUAAUCAUAAGAAUCGAGCAGACAAGGCGGAGAAACGGCUUCAAGAAUCUGGAGCUAGGGGUGAUUCUGAAUUGGAACAGUGGAGAAAAGUUGUCGAACAAGAAACCAAUAGGGCUGACAUUGCUGAAAAAACAGCUCAGGAUCUUCAGAAACGAAUACAAGUUAUGGAGAAACAAUUACAACAGCAGCUCAAUCAGAUGGCGCAAUAUCAGAAGGAAAGAGGUAUCCAACCUCAGCCUGCUGUUGAUGACAAGGAGCUCAAUAGGCUGAGAAAAGAGUUGGAGAAGGCUCAAGCCGAAGUCAGGAAUAAGGACACUGAGAAAGAAAGACUGCAAGCUCAGCUGGAAAUGUUGGUACAAGAAUUAGAAAGGAACCAGAUGGAGUUGAUGGAAACGCAAAAGAAACUGCAGAACGCUGCAAGCCAAAAGCCAACCGAAGAUCUGAGUGGACAGAAGAAAAAGUUGGAAGAUGAGAAAAAACGAUUGGAUGAUUACAAGAGACAAGUUGACGAACAAAAGAAGGCCAUCGAUGCCAAACAUAGGCAAGUGGAGGAGAAGGAGAGGCAAUUGUCUGAAUUAGAAAAGGAACUGAAGAGAAGAAAAGAACAGAUGGACCAACUAGAACAUUCCCUCCAGAAGGCUGGUGGUAGUGCAGCUGCUGCUGGAGAACUUAACAAAAAACUAGCUGAAGCCGAGAAGAACUUACAAAAAGCACAAGAAGAGGCAAAGAGAUCAGCAGGUGAAAUGGAAAGACUUCUACAAUUGGUUCAGAUGAGUCAGGAGGAGCAGAAUUCGAAAGAGAAGCAAAUAAUGGAAUUACAACAAGCACUGAAAGCAGCACAGGCAAAACUGAAAAAUCAACAAACAGUAAAUGCACAAUUAGAGGAACAAAGAAAACAAGCAGAGAAUCUUUCGAAUGACAUGAAGAAACUCGACGACGAACUCUAUUCGAAAAAUAAACAAAUAAGUCAAUUGUUAGAAACUAAUGAAGAACAAGAUAAACUCAUAAAAGUUAAAGACGAGGAAAUUGAACAAUUACAAAGAGAAUUGAGAGAAAAGAGUGAGAUUGCGAUAUUGAGAAAUGGAGGUGAUGAUAAAAUACUGAAAAACGAAUUGGAUGAGAGCAACGAAGAUUCCUCUUGUGAUGAGACAUUGAAAGAUCUGGAAAAUAUGUUGGAGAAGUCGGAUUCGAGCGAGAAAAGGAUAAGGGAGCUGGAGAACGCACUAAGGGAAACGAUUCGGAUAUCUACUGAGAGGGAGCAAGUACUACAGGACGAAGAAAGGAAAAGGAAGGAUAUAAUGCAGAAGGUAUUCAAACUAGAGCAGCGAUUGUUAUCUCUCCAAACAGCCCAAGCAUUGAGAUGCCAUUCUUGCAACCAAUAUGUCAAAAGGAUGACCAACCUAGAAUCUAAAUUAACGAGAUUAUUAUCUGAGCGGAAGGAGAAUUUAAGAGAGCUCAACAGAAUGAAAAUGGAUGCAUUGGAAUCAGCUAUCAGCGAGAAGGAUGCACAUUUGGCAUUUCUAGAAAUGAGUGGAAUCAGAAAUGCAAAACAAGAUGACGAGGCUGAAAAAUUGCGAUUGGACAAAAGGAAACUAAUGGAUCGUUUGAAAAAAGAAAACGAAAUCAGCAUGUCACUAUGUCAUCAAGGUGAAAUUGCUACAGAUUCAGACUCCUUCAACAAUUCCGAUGAAGACUAAUCAACCUAAGUUCCUCUGUAAAACUCCUCUAGCAAUAAUGUUCAAAUGAGGUUUGAUAUUCAUUAGCAUUAGGACCUGGUAGGUAGAUAUUGUUGACUUCAUUUUGGAAUAAUUUGAAACUAAUCCAAGCUUUGUUUCGUCUCCUACCAGAUCAGUUCGCACUGCCUUUACUAAUUUCAAGUAACAGGUAACACGUUUUCCAAAAUGGACCGUAUAAAGCAUUUCAAAAAUUGCUGCCACGACUUUUUUAAAAUAGCUAGGCUCCUUCUGGAAAACCGUUCGAAUAUCAUGAAUGACCAAACAUGAUGUAUUUUCGAAUUCGAGUUGAGAAUUGUUCAGAUUUUGAGCAUGACAAUAAUAAUUCGAAGGAAUGAGGCAAUAUCUUUUUUUGAGUAUCUAUUAAUUCGUAUGUUUCGUUUUUUCUUUCGAUGGACGUUUUGAAGAGUUUCAAUUGUUACCUCAACGAAUUGAACUACUAAAAAGUAUUUUUAAAUAUAUUCUUGUAUUAUUGCAUAUCCAACUUUUCAUAGUAACUUCUAUCCCCACUUCUUCGAAUUUUCCUUCUCAAGUCCAAACCUGUCCUCAAAGUAGGUGUUGAGUGUUGGUUUGUCUGUAAGAAAAUAUACUGAGGAAUUUUCGUGUUCUAGAUCUCUAUUAAACUCUAUACUUUCGAUACAAUCAUGAGAAAUUCCAAUGUAGAAGUUCAAAAAUAGUCGAACAGUCUACUUUUGAGAAUGUAGCCUCAAUCUCAAUUAGAUAAUUGAUAUUUUUCUGUAGUAUUUCGUCCACAUAGAUGGGUACUAAAUACUUCGAGAGAUUCAGAAUUUUUCCCAAACUAUACGAAAUGAGGUACCUACUAUACAGCGAUACUGUAUUCUUUCGUUUUCGUUAAUUCUCUAUUCGUAGUAGAAUUUUUUCAGUAUUUCCUUGAAAAUGGAUAGCAAUAAUGAAUGCAAAGAGAAUCAUAAACCUUGCAAUGACAAGCAAGGAAAUGAACAAAUGUAACAAAAAACUGGGUAGUGAAUGUUCCCUACACUACACUAUAUUUAUUAGUUUCUCUUUGAGCGAAAGUUAAACGUUCUACGUUCAAUUCCACGAGGUAACGAAGUGUCAUAAAUAUGACUUAUUUUCAAAUUCCAUUUAAAUGCGGCUAUAAUUUUUUAUCGAAAUAAACCUAGAGUAUAAUGUAAAAUAUAUUCAAAUAACUAUAUGAAAUAAUAAGUUAAGCGAGUGAUCUCCACCGAUAUAUUAUCAGUGAGACGAAAAAAAAGCACUUUAGACGGUUGUUGGUAUGUAUCGUAGCCUUCUGAGUUCUCCUGUGAGGGAUUCGCUGAAGGCCAACUUCAUUCUGUAAAAAGUUUAUCCUUCUCUAUAUGAAUCAUAUAGCUAGCCUAUGUACUCAUUCGUGCAAAUAUGUAUGUAAACUUAAGUCAUACUAGUUGAUUCAAAAAUGAUCAUUUAAAUGCCUUUGUAUAUCGAAUAAUGUACAUUUAUUGUCAUAUCAUUAGGGCCGAGCGACACUGCCAUUAUCAUGUUUCGUGUAAAUAUUUUCGUCAGUUGUUGAUUCGCUCUUCUUAGUAUGUUGGCCCUUGACGUUCGAGCCAGAGAUGUAAACGAGGUCUGCUUUCGAUGGGGAUAACAGAGACUCUGGGGAUAAACAGUCAGGUCACCGAACUCUCAAAUCCCCAUCUAGGUUGAGAAAUCACGUCAAGACACAUAUUUUCAAGGGACUCUAUCUCACUUGCAUGAUCCUUUUUCUGUAUAUGCCGUAUGUAGCUUCAACUGAAUAUAUUUUGCAUCGUCUUAAAAGACGAACUUAAGCUUACAGAAUAAAACUGAUACAGAGCAUAAUACCAUUAAAAUGCUCACGAAAGCUCAAUUUCCAUUCUAAUCUAUGUACCUAUGCCCAAAACUCUCCAUAUAGUCAAAGACGAUACUUCAACGGUAUUUGCACUCACAUUAAUUUCGAAAAAGGGUCUACCUUUUCUGUUGAGGAACUUCGGGCAAUUCGGCUUUUAAUAGGUUAAAAAUUAUACACUGGACAAAAAAACCGGACAAACAAAAUGUUCACAGAAUUCACUUUAAAAUAGCUUUUUAAGGUGUGCAUCAAUUUUGAUCCUUUUAUUGUCUAUUCGUAGCCUAUCUCAUCUUAUUUAUCACUCGAUGUCGAGCCUGCAGGCAUUUUAAUUGAGUUUGAUGGUGUACAGGGUAGAACAACAAAAUGAUCAAAAUCGAUGCACACCUGAAAAAGUUAUUUUAAAAUGAAUUUGUGAAAAUUUUUCCUGAUCGUUUUUUUUGUCCAGGAGUGUGUUUCAGAGCAUGUAAAGUCCUAAUCUAUCUAUACCCUAUUAUAUUAGAUAGAAAGAAUUUGCAAUUAGAUAAGCGACUUCUUUUACAUUUCUGGUUCAAACCACAUCAGUAUAAACACAAGCUCAUCGCUGCUGUCAGAUAAUUAAUAAUUUUUGAGAAAACUAAUAACUACCACAAUUUCGAUUAAAGUACAUCGUAUACUUCUUCAAUAAUUCCCUGGAAUCAGUAUUUUUUAAUUCCAAUGUUGAAGCUCUCACCAGAUUGAUCAAAGACCAAGUAAAAUUUAGCUGCAUAUUUCACAUUUUCUACGACCAGUCAACCUGAAACUAUUCGAAUAUCUAAUUUUGCUUGACAUUUUCUGUCUGCAUCGAGGUUUUUUCUUGAUGAAGAUAAAUAAAAACUCCCUAAUCAACAUUAUUCCGAGAUAUAUGGAACUUUUCAAAUUCACCAAAAUACCUAUGAAAAGCGAUGAGAUGUCUCUCUUAUCUAGAGUAGGUAUAUGAACGUGUAUUAGGUACCGAAUAUUUUAUCUACACUCGCCAUUCCAAAUUAAUAUCACAAAGAAGCAUUUAUCGAGAAUAGCACAAUAAAGAAAAAAACUAGUUAAGUAUUAUUCGAGAUUCUUAUGUGAAUUUCAUUUGCAUUUAUUCAUUCUUCCCUUCAUAUUAACAAUGACACCUCUUCAAUUCAAAUGAAGAAUCUUUAAUUGAUGGUAUUUUGCUUGGAUAUACCAAAUUUGUAAAAAAAGUCGAUGUUAUGGAUCUGGAAGAAUUACAAAAAAAUCCCACAAGCUAUCAUCCCUAUGUUAACAAAAAAUUACUUGGUAUUCUUCCAACACUUAUUCUAAGAUCAAUCAUCACAUAUCUCAUACAUCAUCAAUAAAAAGCUUUUUAUAAAUAUCAAAUCGUCAAAAAUCGUUCUCUUAGUUUAUUUGGAAAAUAAAAUAAGUUAAGGUACGAGAUACUUUCAUGUUUAUAUUUCAUUUUCAUUACAUUGUUAAAUAUGUUUUUUAUUUUAGAUUUUAUUGUGAUCUUGUUAGAGAAUAACCAUAUAAUUUAUAGAAGUAAACGUGUUUUAUAUUUCCUCGACCAUGUUGACUUUAAUUGAGUUUUCGUCUAUGUGAACAUUAAAAUCAUAGUAACUCAAUUUCAAUACCUACUUCGAAUGUAAUCUUUUGAUCUUGCGAAAGACGUUAUUGAAUUGUGAACUUGAAAAUGUAUAGAGAAUUAAUAGUUAGGUAGCCCAUGUUAUUUUUUCGAUAUUUCGGUUAUGCUGUUGUAAAAAAAUUGUUAAGUAUUAUGUAUGAAAGUGUGAAAUGAAAGUGAUAAAAA